AUGGAUUGUUCCAAGAAGAUGGAGGUCAUCAAUGUCAUCGCCUUACCCAUGAUACCAGUGGAUGAGAAGCUGGUGGUUUCGCUCAGUGCGCAGAGUGCAAGGGCGAAGGCUGGGAGGAAGGACAUUCAGGAGCACCGCCCCUCCUGCCUAAUUGGCUCCAUGCUCCAGGUGCAUCAGAAGAUUGGGAAUAUGGACCUAGAGCACAGCCCGAUGACUGACAGUCUGGCAAUUGAGAAAUUUGAAUUGGAGAAGAAGGCUUUAAGAGAGAAAAGCCACAGUCACGUCAGCGCAGGAGACAGAGUCAAGAAACAGCAAAGAACACCGUAUAUAUGCCAAGGCUCUGAAUUCAAGAGUGCCAAGUCUUCCUUUGUGAAAAAGAAAACAGCAGAAAAGAAUCUUCUGGCCGAGCUAUACCAGCCUCCCAAAUUUAACGACUCUGGGCCCAACAAGCUUCCCAAUGGAGUGGACUUCUGCGACAUGGUGGGCAACGUGAUUCGGGCAGAGAAAAACACCUUGAGUGGCAAGUCUUUCUGUUCAGAGAGUGAAUUAGAGAAGUUUCUCUCUUCUCCUUCUCCCAGAACCUUGUGGCUGGAUAGCUUUUGGUGGAUGUUUCAUGAAAGGUACCAGCCAAACAAGGAGGUCCAGAACAGGCUUCUCGACAGGAUAGCCCGGCACUAUGCCUUCCUCUUGUUUCAUCAACCCAGAUCACAUUUCGUGGAGGCACUCUUGAAAAGGUUGCCGUCACUUUUGAGCAAAGCCCUGUACACCAGCUUCUGCUGCUGCUUCCCACAGUCCUGGUUCAACACCCACGAAUUCAAGUCGGACAUCUGCGACACCAUCAACCUGUGGAUGACAGGGACAUAUCCACGCCCCCAGGGCUAUAAGAGCUGGGACUACUCGGAACUGGAUCCAGAGAGAUUCCGGAGAGAAGAAUUAAUUUUACAGAGAAAACGACUGGCAAAGGGAAGAUAUUUCUCUUUCUUCACUCCUAAGAAGAYGUUCCAGGGCAGGAGAUCCCACCGCCCUCAGUCUUCUAUCAUACCUUCGACCAACGACAGAGUCUCCAUGGCCAGGCUGAAUUCAGGAGGGACCCUGCGAGCCCAGAGUGCUACGAGAGAGCAUCGUCCCACCCUGGUCUUGAGGAAAGCCACACCACUGGUCAAGAGGAUAUCAGAAGCAAGAGAAAGUGCAAAUCUGCUCACUAAAGAGUCUCACCCUGCCUGCAGAAAGCCCGAGCCAUCAGCAAACCUCUUCAACGUCUACGGGAAGAGCCCCCUGAUCGUCUACUUCAUCCACCGCUACCUCACCCUGCCGCAGGCCGGCCAGGACGUGUUGGUAGUGAGGAGGGAAAAUACCACGGUCAUCCCUGAGUCCACCCCGACGUACGCCGAUGUCAUCAACUUGACUCUGAAAAACAUGAAGACGCGAAAGGAAAAACUCAGCAAGCUGAUUGCGUUUCACACGAAGGAAUGGGAUUCUUUCGAUAGUUACCUAAAUGAACUGCAGGACAACUUCUUGAGGGAGGUGACAAACAUCGAUAAAAAAGAAGCAGAGAAGAAAAAGGCCUCCGCCUUCCUCCCACCUGCGCCCGGCUGCCGCCCCCAGGAGCCGCGGAGGAGACUCAGGAGCGUUCUCAAGGAAGACGAGUUUCUUUUAAGGAGGGAAAGAGAAGAGAAGCUGAAGUUUAACCACUCUCCUCUCUUAUUUCCAAGUCCGGAGGACCCGUAUCCCCUGGAAGUAGGAAAUCCCUACAGUGCCCAAGAUAUUUCUGCUAACAGCCGCAGCCUGGUGCGGACACCUGGUGUGGAGGUSGACCUCUCCUGA